GCCGGCAUCUUAGCGGCCACCGCCAACAAUGGCAUCGGCGUGGCCGGGGUGGCCAGUCGGCUCGCAAAGGUCCGCAUCAUGGCCCUGCGCUUCCUCGGGGCGGACGGCAGUGGUGGGUCCACUUCGGAUGCCAUGAGGGCGCUCGAGUAUGCUUUGUCCUUCGGGGUGCGGAUCUCGUCCAAUAGCUGGGGCGGGCCUGAAACCUCUGACGCGUUGCGGGCGGUAGUGCAGCGCGCCGGGGAGGUCGGUCAUCUCUUUGUGACAGCGGCUGGCAACGGCGGGAGCGACGUGGGUGACGGUUCCUAUUUCCCUUGUGCCUAUCAGAAAGUCGGCGCCUUGUGCGUGGCUGCGACUACGCAGACUGACCAGCUGGCUUCAUUUUCCAACUAUGCCACCGAGUAUGUGGAAAUUGCAGCACCCGGAGUUGACAUCAUCAGCACAUUCCUCGAGAAACCCCUCACCGGACGACACGGGUCGGGCUACAAGUCCCAGUUCGGCACCUCGAUGGCCGUGCCCUUCGUGAGCGGCGCCGCAGCGCUGGCGGCCAGCUCCUUCGACCUGGACGGAGCUGUCCUGAGGCGCCUGCUGAUAGACUCCGCAAGGUCGGUACCAGCUCUUGAGGGCAAGGUGGGCGGUGCAGGACGGCUGGACGUGCGCAACCUGGUGCUGCAAGCCGAGUCCCAUUAUUUGUUUUGGCUGGAGGUUAGUGGCCAGCACGCAGCGCAGAUGUCAGCGACGAUCCCGGCGAACGGCUCGCUGUCGGUGUGGCUCCGGGUGGGCGCCGAGAGCGCGGCGCACGGGAGCCACGAAGCCUCGGUGCACGUGGCGUGGGCCAACGGCACGGAGAACGUCCCAGUAGUCUACACUUAUCAGGGCUGGCCUGAACUGCAGCAGCAGCCCGAGCUUUUGGAGUGGCCGCAGGUGCCCGUGAAUGCCACAGUGGACCUCUCCUUGAACGUCACAAACCUCGGCAACGGCACGGGCCGCCUGCGGGUGAAGCACCUGGCCUUCCCCUUCCUCAACCACGGGGCCGAGAACGUGACGGUCGCUCCAGGGCGCUCUGCGCAGCUGCGGAUCGGAUGCGCGCCCAACGCGACCGGCACGUUUGCGGGCCAGGCAGUCCUGCAAUCGAACAGCGGCCUUGACCCAUGGAGCUCUGUGCAAGCAGAUGCCUUGGAAUUCGGAACUGUUCUCAAUGUGAGCUUGCUGUGCACCAGCGCGGCGCCCCCAUACCUGGAGAUGGAGCCUUUCACAGGGGCUGCCGAGGUGAUUUCUGCAACCCAGCUGCGGGCCUUCGACUCGGUGGUGCACGCCGAGUGGGAGCCCCUCCUUCCGCCCGGAGAGGUCGAGGCCGAGCUAGUGCUCCCCGAAGCCAAUAACAGUUUUGGCUGCGCCCCUUACACUUCCGAGGUCGGCGGCGUGGCGCUGGUGCGGCGGGGCGGGUGCUACUUCUUGCUGAAGGCCCAGAUGGCCCAAGCGGCUGGCGCGCUGGGGGUCCUCCUGUAUGACAAUCAGGGGCCGACUACCACACCGAUGCUGGCCAUGCCAAAGGGCGGGGACGUUCCUGACAUUCCAAUGUUCAUGGUGACGCAGGCUCUGGGCGAAGACUUGGCGGUGCGGCUUCCGCGGGUGGUGCUGCGUUGGGCCCCGGUGCGAGUGUACACCAGUCGGCCACCGACUGCACCGCCGGCUUCCGUGGAAAUCAGCAUCUCCAACCUCGGCAGCGCAAGCUUGACUUGGGAAGGACAGCCGAGGUUAUCCUUCGGCGCGAGCCAAGACAGCUUUUACACGCCGUCCGUCAGCAGCAGCGGGUUCAGCUGGGCAGAAUUGCCAGAGGGCUCUGAGAUAGGCCUCUUCCCGGAGCUGAAUGUGGAUGAUGGGAAGUUUCUCUACACGCUUCCCUUCAGCUUCUCCUUCUACGGGCAGAUGUUUGAUGAGGUUUGGGUGUGCUCCAACGGAUUCCUGGCUUUUGACGCAGCCGAAUCUGGAGCCGUGCGCUUUGCCCUGCCCUUCCAGAGGAACCCGCAGCAGCCCAACGGGAUCGUGGCCCCCUUCGCGUGGGACCUGGUGUGUGGAACUUGCACGAUAUCAGCUGGUGAAUCGACUGACACCGGCGGGUGCGCCAUCGUCCAGUUCACGGACAUGUCUUUCUUUGAUAAAGGCUCCAUCCACAACGCUGGCUCUGACUUGGUUUCCUUUGAGGUUCGCUUGUGUCGGGAUGGCCGCAUUCACUUCAUGUACGCCGCGUUCCCGCAGCCAGCCGCGGGCUAUGAGAACGCCUUUGUGGGGCUCGAGUCCAUGGAGGGGGACUCGGCCAUUGGCAUUCGUUCUCAGCUGCCCUUCGCCGAAGGGAAGCCUUUUUCUGUCACCCUGCACCCUUGGGUAACUGCGGCUGCGGCGACGCGGGGCCAACUCGUGGCCAACCAGCGCGCGGUUCUCCGCUACGACGUGCGCAGCACCACGGGCUACGGCGGCUUCAUCCAGCUGAGGGCGCAGGAUGAGAGCGGCCUCUGGCACAGCGAGCGGAAGCUGCGGCUGGCCCAGGAUCCUUUCCAGUUCGAGCUGAUUCCAGGUGAUUGGGGCCCCUGCCUGGUGCAGGAUUGCAGCAAUUUCAGCCUGGGCGAGAGGACGCGGCAUUUUCAGUGCCAGGGGAUGGAUGGCAACUUCUACUCCACGGACCUCUGUGACACCUUGUGCGUGGAUUUGCUGGCAGACUGGAGGGACAAAGAUGGCGAAAGCUGUGCUGCCUAUGGCAGCAGGGGCUGGUGUUCCGACGGGUCCUAUGGCGCAGGCUGGCCUGCGAGCUGGGGGGCAUUCAGCGACCAUGCCUUCGGUGGAUAUGAUGCGUCGAUGGCAUGCUGUGCCUGUGGCGGAGGCGUUCGCCGUCAACGACCGGCGAGCAGCGAGAUGUGCGAGAAUAAUGUCGUCGCAGUCGACACGGACUGUGACGGUCUCAUUGACUGCGAUGAUUCUUGUCCACUUGACCCAUCACCAAUGUGCACAACUGGCACAUCCUCCUCAUAUUGGGCACAAAGCAGCACUUCCACCUCUCAUAGCAACACCUGGACAGCGACCAGGACCACUUCCCACACAGCCACCUCCCUGACGACAACGACAACGCUCACUUUGACAAUGACUUGGACAACAGUCACCGGAACUACCACUGCAACCACCUGGACAACCGUGUCGCUGACAACAACGACUACGACACGCAAGCCUGCCAUUGAGGUGAUGAGUUGGGCGCCAAAUGCGACAACCCAGACGACCACCACCACCAGUACCACAUACACGUUGUCAUCAACAUCAACCACCAAUGUGUGCACGGUGAUUGUCAGCAGUACGAGCUCCACCACCAUCACAACCACCACUGUCACUGCGACCGCCACCUCCACCUCGACUCAGCGUCGACUUAACCAGGAUGAUACCAGCUCCUCGCCGUGUGUAGGUUGCGCAUGGGCAUUCGGCAUGCUGUGGAGCUGCGCGCUGCUCGCCGCGUAAGGCACUGGCGAUGACUUCGCUGGGCCAGUUGCAAAGCAACUCUGGCCAUGUGGAUCGCACAGAAGUUGCGCCCAGGGCCCCGGCCUGAGGCCCAAAGCCGACCUAGGCUGCUAGUCAUUGGGGAAAGCAACGAAGAGCAAGGGUCAGAAGCACCCAGUGGUAGAGCCUGCCGUCACUGCAAGUGGCAUGCAGAAAUGAC